GCCUAAGGGUUUCGAGGGUUUGGUAGAGAUAUCAACAACAUUAAUUAAUGACGAGGAUGACGUGCCGGCGAUCGGUGAAAAUGGCACUGACGUAAUAGAGUCCUCGGACACUGAGACCGAAACAGCGUCCAGUGCUAGUGAAAAUACUCUCACUGCCAGUUCUGGUACGCUCUCGGCUUCGGAAGAAGAUUUUCACAUAGUCAUGGGCGAAGCUCAAGUUCACCGAAGUGAAUGA